CCUAAGCAAAGGGCUCUUGCGCCGGUGCAUCUCGCUGAAAGGGGAUGUUCGAAAAAUCAGACCAUACAACAGUAAUAAGUUAACAACCAAAGAAAAAAGCCCGCGUAUCUGCAUCAAGUAAAGUACCGGACAAACACGGACGCAGUUGAGGACGGACGCAUUGCGCACGCACCCGCCAACUACCAUUGAUUCCUCCGUAGCAAGGAGCCAAACGACCCAAAACCACAUGUCAGGGCACUGGCAUUGCAUUGACAUCAACCUGACGUCUUAGACGGUUAUCCGUCAGCCUCGGGCCGUGGGGGGCAAACACACCCGCAGCAUCACAGGGACAGGCCCGGCAAGCGGCUAAGUAGAAUCUGCUAUAGUGCCGAGAUGACAUAACGACCAGCGGCCAUGAGCUGAGGCGGUGAAUGCCGGACAUGUCUCAACAUGAUAUCCGUGAGUUUAUGGCGGCGUUUCGGGACAAUGUUGGGGGACAUAUUGACCUGGAAUUUGACAACGGCCCUGGUCAUCUGCAGUGCUUGGUGGAUGGUGAGAGCCGUGCACUCGCCCCAACGUCCAUGCCGGCCUCGCGUUCUCGUUCCCACGUUAUGCAGACGACUGCGACAACAGGAAAACGAGGAAACAAGGAGGAAGAAGGGAGGGAACAGAAAAGAAACAGGGGCGUAUCAACCCGGACCAUGUCUUCCCUCCGCCUCGCUCUUUGUGAUGCGACGAAACUGCAAGCUGUUGCAGCGUGCACCAGUACCGGUGGUCGGUGGUCGGUGGCCGGUGAAUGAUGCCUGCAUCAGAGGGUGGUAACUGCGAGCAAUCGCAAACAGCCUGAC